GUUUUUAUUACUGUGAUUUUUUCAAACUAAAAAUGGGUUCUGAGGAGAUUGUGAUUAAAAAGCCAAAGUCCGUGCUGGGAGUGCGCCACGUGCAAGUGUUCAUGCUGUUUAUGGCGCUGGUGCUGGCGUUCGCGAUGCGCGUCAAUAUGAGCAUGGCGAUUGUCGCGAUGACCGACAAGAAUCAGGAGAACUCUUUCGACUGGAACAUGCAGGUCCAGAGCGUGAUCCUGUCGUCGUUCUUCUGGGGCUACAUCGUGCUGCAGAUCCCGGGCGGCGAGUUGGCAGCGAAGUUUGGCGGCAUGGUGCUGGUCACCAUCUGCAUCGGUGUCAACGCAGCCGUGUCGCUACUAAUCCCACUGGGCUCAUACUAUGGUGGGUGGAAGCUGAUAUGCGCCUGUCGUGUGCUGCAAGGACUGUCGCAAGGGUUCAUCUUCCCUUCAGUGCAUAACUUGAUUGGCAAGUGGGUGCCCUUGGAGGAGAAAAGUCGACUGGGCACUCUUAUUUAUGCUGGCUGUCAACUAGGGACAGCUCUUCAGCUCAUGGUAUCGGGCUUCAUCGCUGAAGCGUGGGGCUGGCCCGCCAUCUUCUACGCGAAUGGAACCCUCGGCGUGCUGUGGGUCGUGGCCUACGUGUUCCUUGGAGCUGAUUCCCCCAGAACCUCCAGGAUGAUUGGUGAAGAUGAAAGGAUCUACAUCCAGAGCUCCUUAGGGCAUAUUGGUACUGAACAUAAAAAACUGGCAACGCCCUGGAAGGCUAUAUUCACAUCGCUACCGUUCAUCUCUCUGAUCGUGACCCACUGCGGUCAGAACUGGGGCUUCUGGACCCUCAUGACAGAGAUGCCAUCAUACAUGAAGCAAGUGCUGGGCGUGGAUAUCAAAGCGAACGGCGUGAUGUCAGCACUGCCGUACCUCGCCAUGUACAUGCUAAGUUUCCCAAUCGGCUUCGCGUCCGACUACAUCCUCAAGAAGAAGUGGCUCAGCAUCACAGCGUGCAGGAAAGUCUCCAACUCUCUCGGUCAGUGGGGCCCAGCGUUGGCCCUGAUCGGCUUGUCCUACGUGCCAGCGGGCCACGUGGCUCUCGCCGUCGCGCUGCUGACUGUCGUCGUUGGGUUGAACGCUGGACACUACACAGGAUUUUUGAUAGUGCAUAUUGACAUGGCGCCCAACUUCGCGGGCACGCUCAUGGGCAUCACCAACUGCUUCGCCAACUGUAUCUCCAUCGUGGCGCCGCUGGCGGCCGGCGCCAUGCUCACCGAUGAGACUGAUCCAAACCAGUGGCGUACAGUAUUCUACGUGUCAUCCGCCAUAUACUUCUCCUUUAACCUAUUUUUCGUUAUAUUUGGUUCGUGUGAGAAACAAGUUUGGAACGACGUUCCCGAAGAUAAAGAUGAGGAAAAAAGCGCCAAGUAACAUUGUGAACAAUACCUUUAGUUAACAAACUCUAAAGUCACUGUUAAAAUAAUUUAAGAGUAUCGAAAUAUAAAAAUAUUAACGUA